CCGCGCAUAAACAAGCAACACUACUAUUACUGCUUCGGGCCAUUCAAGAUACCCCCUUUAACCAAGGUAAGGUAUUACUGCCUGUACAAGCAACUUCCUCUUCCCCCUUCAAUUUUCUGGUUGGGUGGUCGCGGCAUGCUCCGCAGGUUGUCAAGAUGACGAGGCUCCGCGGAGCUUCCGUGAGCUCAUAUGACGCCGCGCGCGGCGCUGGUUCCGACCGAUCGCAUCUACACCGAUCCAAGCUCCCUCCCAACGCGCCGGAAAUUGUUGUGUUGAACACAAUCGAUGUCUCCGACCCGGCUCAGGUUUUGCUCUGGUGUCGCGAUGAGCGACGGCGCCAAUUUAACCUUCUGGUUCGCAGAUAUAAGAACCAGCUUAUGUACGGCUGCUUGAACCCUGGCUGUCAGACCCCAACCUGCGCGAGCUAUCGGAGACGGAUCACCGAAGGACCAUAUCGCCGUUAUACAGAACUGAGUGCCCGGACCCUGGCUUGCUACUUGGCCAGUAUAGACAAUGCCGAAGCAGGACUCUGCUGCAACCCUCCUAGGGUACCAUACGAACUGUCACCAUAUGAACCACAGCGCCGACCGAAACGCCGAAGUCGCACCCUGGUUGAACCUGCAGAGGCACUGGGCUCAAUCGGGAGAAACCCCGAUGACACGGCGGUCGUACGCCAGGACUCCCCAAGAUCACACGGUCGGCUGAUGCUGUCGAGCUCGGACAAGGCCGCAGACAUUAGCACGCCUCAGGAGGCGGACUCGUCUGAGCAGCAAGCGGCAUUGUCGGAGGAUGAACACGCUGCAGCCCAGAGACAGAAGGAUCCCAAAUCGUUUACGCAAAACCUUUUCGACACCUUAUCCUUGAGAAUGAUAGAGUGGUUACCUUUACGGCGGUCUCCGACCGCUCUCGACGCAAACAUUGACCAGCACCACACUCGAUCGGAACCUAGGCUGCCGAAGAGCGAGCCUGAGCAGACGCCUUCGCAUUCUCAACGGACGAGACCACAUAUGAGCCGACAACGUACACCUCAAAAUGCCAUCCUUGCUGGUGGUACACCACAUACUCCCUCAUCGCGGAACGGCACUAGUCAGAACACCGCAUUAGAGCUAAUGGUACCGAUUACGCUUACGGAAAUGGAUCAAUGGCGUCGGAGUGGACGGGCGAAUUUGGAUGAGAAAUCCCACCAUGAACUGAAACCGGCGCGCAAGAUCCCCGUCAACGCACAUGCAGAUAACGACGGAUCGGCCAAUGUGCCCUCACCACCCGCCUUGAGACAUCGUCCUCAAAAGCAUCGGGGGAGGGUCGGGGACAUGGAUAACAUUGACCUGGCUUUGCAGCAGAAGAAGGAGCGGCGAGUGUCUUGGGAUGGGGCAAAAUACUUGAAUAAUGUUCAGUUUGUCGAUUACUUGGAUCCGGUCCCGUCUGUUGAAGAGCAUCUUCCCUCGCAAGCUCAAUCACCUACUGAUCGGAAGCCCAGCCGUCGCAGCCCCAGCCGAAAACAGUCAGCAACGGCUGUCCAGUCGGUGAGCCAUCUUAAUAGCGAGGUGGUGAAUGGAUUGGCGCAGAUGACGGCAACCUCCGAGGAUGAGGAGGAGCGGUGGAGGAAAGAGCUUGCCCACAUAGAGUUCACCGGCGGCUUUGAAGAUUCCGAAUGGCGCUUUGCGAACUCCCGACAGCGACAGGUUUACAAUUUCAUCGCACAGAGCGUGUUCUUUACCUUGAGCAGCACGAAACAGAUACUGAGGUCGUUUCAAAAGCAUGCGGCUGAUUCAUCCGAAGCGGAUCAGAGCAGAGCAACUUCUAACCUUGAUUUACGACAGCUACAGCCGUCGUUCAUCAAGUUACUCAGUAUCUGUCCCCGAGAUGUUGUAUUCCACAGCUUGUGGGUUGCGAUGGAAUCGUUAUUUGUGCCGUCAAAAGAGCUAUCGGCAUCGGGCAGACGUUCGCGUCGUUCGUCUUGCAACUCCGCUACGUCCGCUUCUAUCCCUGCUCCUAUCCUUCGUCGGUCCAGUUCAGUGGGCAUGGAGCAUCUUACAGAUACCAAUGCUGCGGAUGUUGCUACAGUCACCAUGUUCGCUCUCGCGAGCUCGCUGCCUAGGGUCGAUGCGCCUACAUGGCGCGCAAUCCUUCAGAUGCGUGCUGCGGGCGGCGUGGCAUCCGGCUCAGAGAUGCAGAAGCAUUCAGUAUCCAGGUCUCGGGUAAUCGUCGAGACUAUCGACAUGUUCGAGCAUGAGCUUGCUCUACGACUGGUUGAUCGCCUGGUGCGGGGUCUCACGGCACGCCUGGCGUUCAACGAGAUCUCCAAAGCACGCCAAGUCUACUCGCGGGAUUUUACCAAACGUCGCAAGGACAGCGCUCUGGACCGUCUUGUGGACAACCUGGUCCAGGAACAUAACGUCAUGUCAGCCGCCGGCACCACUCAGGAGCAGCCACCCCAGCCCGGGGCCCCAUCGUUCGUCGCCGAAUGGCUCCGGACUCUGCUGUUGCGGGAGUGGGAUGGUAAUCCCGAAAUGCCAAAGAGCAGUUCUGCUGGCGGAGCUGUACAGAUCCUGGCCAAGUUGUACAAGGAGCGGAACCGUCUCGGCCUUGUACCGGAAGACUUUCACACUUCAUUUCUUGCCGAAAGGCUGGAGCCUCUGGAUAUGCCAGUGGAAUGGCUAAAUCGAUUGCCGAGUAACAAAACCAUGCAUCUUCUGUCGUAUCCGUUUCUGUUUCCGCCCUCCUCACUCGUUAUCUAUUUCCGCGCCUUGAAUUAUGCGGCCAUGUCGAAAUACUACGAAGCGGCGUUGACGACGACGAGGCACGUCACACAAACUGCGUUCGGGCCUAUCCAUAUUCACGAUGACGUCGGCCUGCUGGCACGUAUGAAGACGUCGAUGACCACCUACCUCGUUCUUACUGUGCGCCGAGAUAGCGUCCUCACGGACGCGCUCAACCAGCUCUGGCGGCGCGAGAGGCGCGAGCUCAUGCGACCUUUGAAAGUGCAGAUGGGAAUGGAUGAGGGCGAGGAAGGUCUCGAUCAUGGCGGGGUCCAGCAGGAAUUCUUCCGUGUCUUGAUGGCAGAGGCUCUGGAUCCAGCGUACGGCAUGUUUACGCUGGAUGGACGAACCCGCAUCUCCUGGUUCCAGCCAUGUUCCUUGGAGCCACUCUACAAGUUCGAGCUCCUCGGGCUGCUGAUGUCCCUGGCUGUAUACAAUGGGCUUACACUUCCGGUCAACUUUCCCACGGCGUUCUACCGAAAGCUGCUAGGACUCAAGGUCAAGCAGCUUGACCAUAUUCAAGACGGCUGGCCGGAGCUCACCAAGGGAUUGGAGGACCUCCUCGCGUGGGAGGAGGGUGAUGUGGGAGACGUUUUCCUGCGGACCUACGAGUUCAGCUACGAAGUUUUCGGCAACGUCGAGACGGUGGACAUGCAGAAAAUUGAUAAGGAAGCCCCGUGGCCGACACCGUUCCUGCCCCUCCGACCACCCCUAACCGGCACUCGGUCUCUCGGGUACUCGCCACCAUGGUCGGAGGUCCGUCAUUACACGGACCACGUCAAUUUGAGUCCUCCCUCAUCUAUGGCAGCAGAAACGGCGGGUUCGUAUCGGGACGUGGCCAAGUCCGUUGAUCCCUUGCCCGCGCUGGCGGCUCAGUCGCCUACUCCCCCGGCAGAGGAAGCGUGUCUCGUGACGAACGCCAAUCGCGGGCAGUUUGUGAAGGAUUACAUCUUCUGGCUGACGGACAAGUCCGUCCGGCCACAGUUCGAAGCCUUUGCCAAGGGGUUCUACACCUGCUUGGACCGGACCGCGCUAUCGAUCUUCACUGCCGAGUCAUUCAAGACCGUGGUGGAGGGCAUUGAGACGAUUGAUAUGCGAGAAUUGGAGCGUCACGCGCGGUACGAAGGCGGGUUCAGCGCGAGUCACCGGGUGAUUCGGGACUUCUGGAGCAUCGUGCGACGGUACCCUGCGGAAAAGAGGGCACAACUAUUGGAGUAUGUGACGGCUAGUGACCGAGUGCCGGUCAAUGGGAUUGCGAGCAUCAUGUUUGUGAUUCAGAAGAACGGAGUUGGGGAUGCUCGCCUUCCCACGAGUCUGACGUGUUUCGGACGAUUACUGCUUCCUGAAUACUCAUCCAGAAGUGUUCUAGAGGAGAAGCUGAGCAAAGCGUUGGAGAACGCACGAGGAUUUGGCGUUGCAUGAGAGGACAUACAUACCCAGGGGGAGCUGUAUAGUUGUUAUCUACUCUUGGUAUUUAUUCAUUAUAGUCAUACAUACCCGGUUUUUAUAGGCAUAUGGAUGGUGGGGACAUUGGGGCAUUAUCUAGGGACUGUGGAUAUGGGAACUGGAAUUACUCAGAUACAUAUACUCGACUUAUAACUGC